UGAAGCUUUGAUAUGAUAUAAACCACAGACUUUGAGAAAUCUCUGUAUGUCCAUUAUAACGAUUUUAAUUAAUAAAAUUGCCAUUUUUAACGAGCAAUAUUGAUUGAAAAGGAUGCAAUAAAUAAUUUUAAAUUAUUAAAAUAAUGAUUGAUCAACAAAUUGUUAACGUUUACAUUGAUUACUUUUUGGUCGGUAACAUGACAUAUUUGGUUCACAGAAAUUGUUAUUCAUAUCUAAUUCGGUUUGCUGACUCAACAAAUAAUUAUAGAUGAAUGAAAAGUGAAGUACUGUUAAGUAUUUUCAGUCGAAAGUAGCUUUUAAAAACAUGCCUGGGUCAUGAUUGUUUUGAUGCCGAAAGAUCAAUAUGGCGACUUCCAUAGAAUAUUAAAUAAAAGUGAAGAAUUCUGUUAUAAAGUUGAAGUUUUGUAAUAAAUUUCAUACGAAAGUUUAAUAAUUCACUAUUAAACAUACUUAUUAUAAUAUAAUAACUGUCCAUAAUGUUUAAAUACAAGAGGUGAAACACCAUCAUUCCAUUGUUAUUAAAAUGCGUGACGAAUCACCGUAUAAUAGUAACAAAUAAAACCGUGUUAAUGUUAACAAAAAAUGUUGCAACACCGUGCAUUAUCGAGAGAUAAAGUAUUGUUUCGUAUUUUAAAAAAUAAAAGCCCGAAUGGUAGCAUCAUAUGCGAGAAACUGAAUAACAAUGUGAAAAACAUUGUUGUAUUAUCAGAGGAUGAACUCUGCGAGCUAUGGCAACACAUGAAGACCAUGCUACUAGAGGCUCAAAAAUUAUGUACUCAGACAUCAAAGAAUCAGAGUAAAUAUGCAAAAGAGUACAGUCUCAUGAUUAAACUAAUACGUACAAUAACUGCAAUAGCACUUGAAACAAUUGUACAACGAAUAUUUAUUCCUAAUGUACUUCUACAAAAUGUAAUGUUGUUGCAUUCCAAUGUGCUGCCCAAUAUAAAUGAUAAACAGGCAAAAAAUGAAAUAUCUUACCUGUUAGAAAACUGGUGGAAAUUAGAUAUGACAUGGAGGGAAAAGGUGGUAAAAAAUGUAGUUAAAUAUCUCAUUCAAGGAUGCAAGACAUCAUUGCAACAUGUAAAACGCUUGUAUGAGAUAAGGUCUGCUAUUACACUACUAAAAUGUACAGAAGAUGUGCAGCAAUUGCUUAAACUUGUACGAGAAAACACUGUGAUGUCACUCGAAGAAGGUCGACUAUUGAUAUUACAUUUGUUUACUCUGGGGGAACAGUACAUAUUGGGAAUUCACAAUAAUAUAAAGGUUGUUUUACAAAAUGUAAAAGAUAGUUACAUCACUGGUUAUGCAAAUUUAUAUGUGUCUGCAUGGCAAAACGCGACAGUGAAGUUAAGAAAAUUCAUUGUGGAGAAUUGUUUCCAAAAUAUCAUUUUUCAUUGUUUUCGUGCUUAUAGAGAUUCUAUAGGACAAAGGAAGCUUGGUAAAAACCUGCUUUUAUUUCUUGCUGCCAUUCAUGAACAUAAAAAUAAAGCAGCAAGAACAAUGAUUCAUAACCAGUGCAAACCUUUACUCUGGAAACAUUUGAAGGCACCCGGUUCUUACAUUAAAUGCAAUGCAGUGGAGAUUCUAUUUAUAACAAGUAUUGCGCAGUAUACAUGUGCGGCGAAAGAUAGAAAUAGAUUUUUCCUUCAAACAUUUUAUAAGACAAUAAAUGAUCUUUUAAAUGACACUGAUCACGAAGUGCGCAACGUUACCAUGAUUGGUCUCUUGAGACUAUUAGAAAAGCAUUGGAAUUGUGUACCACACAAUAUUAUUCGUAAUUGGUUAAACGUUUUACUGCAUUACACGAAAUGUGCUAAUAAUGCGGAAAUCAGAGCAAACGUCUUUAUUGGUUUGAAACAAAUAUUAAUUAAGGAUCGAUCUCAUAGAAUACUUAAAGACUUUUUACCAAAUUUCGCGAAAAGUAUUUACGAUGAAGAUAAGACUGUUGUGGAAGCAUUAAUGAAACUUCUUUGGCAUGCCCAAAAUCAACUUGACAUACCAUUUUGGGAUAUUGUACCGCUGACGUACGUUCUCGAUCAAAUAGAGAGAACACAAGACACAUCUUUACUCCAAGAAUUAAUAAAGUUUCUUUGGUUACGUAUAUGUCCGAACGGUUCAAGUAAUGAUAAAAUAGCAGAAGAAAUAAUAUAUAUAGGAAUGAAUAAUAUUAAAGCAAUUAGGAGGUUUUUCCUUCAUUCUAAGUCCGUUAUCGAUUCGAGCAUGUUCGCACAAAUAAUCGAACGACUGUUGUCCGAAAUAAAGAAAGAAAUGGAAUGUAUUCAAAUCUCGAAAACAUCGAGGAAAAGAUGCACGAAAAAAAUUAAGUUGAACCAUAAAGGAAAUAAAGAAACCGAGAAUCUGAAUAAUUGGGAAGAAGAUGAUCUGGAUAGCUACAGAGAUAUACAAAUAUGUAUCGAUGUUAUUGCUAUGUUACUAGUAGCAAAUGUGAGCAAUUUAGAUGACAAUAAUUACAGUGAAAAAGAGAUCAAAAUCAUGCAGUCCAUUGCAAACGUUUUACCAGAAUUUUCUUCAUAUUUUAAGGAAACCCCGGUUAACGACUCAAUUAUAUUCAUAUUUUCAUUAAUGCCAACCAAAUAUUUUAUCAAUAAGAUCGAGGUAAUGGAAAACUUAGCGCAACAAUUAUGUAGUACAAAUACUUCCGACGAUACACUUCUCUCGCUUAUACACGUUUUCAUAAAGUGGAAUAAGGGGCAAAUGAUUUUCCUCGCGUUAACUAAUCUGUUUGGAGAAUCACUAAAGAUAAAUACACCUAACAACCAGGGUUUUUGCGAUUCACAGGAUGUCUUUACGGUGAACGUGAAAGGCUUAGAGUUGAGCCUGCGUAUAUUGAAACACUUAUUGCACGUUGAAUAUCAGUCAGUUUUAAUGAACAAGUAUCAUCAAGACGUACUUAAGUUUUGGGAAACUUUGCACAUGUUGAGAACUGUUACGGAAAAAAUGUUAAGCAAUGAAUGCAAUAUAAGUAGUCUAAUAUCCAAAGACUUGGUUGUGAAGUUUUUUAAAGAAUAUUUAUCAAUGGUCUCGUUGUUGCACAAGAGAGAUGUGUUUGACGCAUCGGAACAUUUCUCGGAAAUUCUGUUGUGGAUCAAAAAGUACGUAGAAAAAGAUCAGGCGUAUAUUUUCUUUAUAAUAUUGGAAUAUUCUAACGUGUGUGAAAUUUUUGAACGUAGGUCAAUAAUACCACAUAUACCGCAUCUGGAUGUAGAUAUCGAAGGCCGAGAAAUUUGUAUAGAUUUAAUAAAAUGUACUCUCGAUACCUCGAAUCUGCUGAUAAAAGAAUAUAACAGUACCCCAAAGUUAUGUUGUGAUAUAGUACUUUUAUAUUGUAGUUGUUUGUCUCCUGUGGGAGGUGUUGUUUUCUUGAACAACGCAUUCGAUGCAAUAUUGAAAUUAUUAGAUUUUGGUAAAAUGGCUUUCGACAAUAACGAACCGAAUUUAUUAGAUAUCAUUGUACCGAAUUUCGUAUGCGUCACGAUGGUUACCUUGACUAGGUAUAACGAAGACGUUUUAGCCAAACACACAGAUAAUUUAAAAGUAAUGCAUGAACUGACAAAAAAAUAUUUUUGUAUUAUUAAGAGUACCUUUAACGACGAAAAGAUGUGUCUCCCCUAUAUUACCAUUCUGUUUAACACCGCGAUCAGCAGUAUAAGCACAGAAAUGACUUGCGUGCUCCAAAAUACGUUUGUUAAAGAGGAAGAUAUUUUAAUUACAUCCUUUCCUUAUUUGGCGAAGAAGAUAUUAAAAAUCAUCUUAAAUACAAAAAAAUACCAAACACUGAGUGUUCAAGUGCUAACAAAAACAAUAACAAGUUAUACAAAAAUCGACACACUUUCGGCGCUAGUAAUAAUGUAUAAAAUGUCUAAGUUGCCAGACAAGGCACUUAGCAAUAGACUUAAAAAUAUUACUUUGGCAUUCAAAGUACACAACCAAGAUCAAUCUUAUGAUACCCCUUUCGACAGAUCCAUACAAAGUGCAAUAAUCAUAGCCAUCGAUGCGAUAUUGCAGAAGUAAUUCACUGAUGCCACACUGAACAGAACUAUAACACAUCAGGAUAUAUUAUUCAUUUAAAAAAAAAUGUACUUUAAGUACAAAACAAAUUUCGUGCAAUCAGAGCUAAAAAAUUUUUAUGUUAUUUACUUACUCUCCACGAUAAAAAGAAAAAUAUAUUUAGUUAUAUAUUUUUACAUGUUAUUAAAGAAUAUUUUUGUAUAAAAAACAAAAAGUACAAAAGUUAUGCAACUGACAAAUACAAACGGGACUAAUGUAUAUAGUCGGUAAAAUAAAGAUUCUACAGAUUAUUCCUAAAUUUAUAUAAAUAUAUAUUUUGUUUACAACCGUUAUAUAAUAAUACUUUAUACAAAUUGUCAUUCUCCUUUAUGUAUUACUUUUUUACAUAAAAGAUUUAGACAAAUUACAAAGUAUAUAGUUACCACAACAAGUAUUUGUUACAUAUUUAUACAAUUUUGAACCUGGUCCUUUUUAUCUUCGCAUACUAAUCAACCGGAAGAUGUUAUAUUCCUCAUUUGCCUAACAGCAGCAACAACUCUGGCAUUGCAACCAGAACUGCCAUUUUGAUAAUCUUCGGGUGACAAUCUCAAUAAAACGGACAUAUGCUGUAAAUUUUCUGACAAAGACAAACCC